UUGAAGGCUGUCGCGCGCCGAGAGAGCCGGGCGCCGAGAGACGCUGCCGGUCGCCCGAGCAACGCGGACGCCGCCGACACUGCCAGGAGCCGCCGGGCGGGCUGGAAGGCGAAGCGGCGCCACGCAGGCCAGGGCCCGCUUGGAGGGCAGCUCCCUCCCGCCCCGACCCUCCCUCGAUGCCGGCGGCCCCUGUCCAGCUGCGCCGAGCGGGCACCGCCUAGCUAGCGCCUCUCCUCUCCCGAGCCAGGCUGCCCGAAGCCGCGCGGCUCGCCCUGAGUUCGGGCAGGGGGGUUGUGCCCGGCGGACCAGGAUCCCAUGUCCACGAUCGCAUGCAACGCGCCUCUUCUGCGCCAUGCCUGGAUCCUUCCGGAGCCCCCCGUGAGGCUGCGGUGAGGAUCCCAGCGCUCCCACUCGCUCUCCUGCCGCGCGCACCUGGCCAGGCUCCCUGGGCCCUUAGCUGCUCCCUCCGCUUGUGGGCCCAGGCCUCAGCAGUGCUGUAGAAAGGGCACCCCUCCUGUGCCAGCUGACCAACUGCCCCCAUUCCCUGCACCCCAGCCCCAUGCAGGCCCAGUUCACAGCUUCUCAUACUGCCAGGGCCCUGUAGCUACAAAGUCUCUGUGCUUGACAGCCCCAUUUAUGGAUCAUCUCUGUCAGAUUUAGAGGUGAAACUUAUGAGUGUCUCCCCCACCCAUUGUUCCCUUUGGCAACACCCAGUCCUUUGGGGAAGCAAGAAAAGGGCUUCCAUGCCCGCCUUUGCACAGUUGCGCGGAGCUGCAGGCCACUGUCACUGGAGCCUUCAUUGCCUAGCAGGGCCUUUGUGAGGUCACACUCACAUUCCAGGUUCUUAGAAAACGCCUCUACUACUCAUCACUGCUCCUGCCAAAGCAAGACCAAGGAAGAACACCGGUUCUUCUGCCAGGCUUCCCACCCCACUGCCCUAGCAUAGUACUGCCUUAGGCCCCUCACAUUCUUGGCACUUCUCUUGUGGCACUUCAGGUGUCCCAUAUUUCCCUAGAAAAUUCAUCACCUGGUGUAGCACAUGUUGCCCUGUUAUGGUCACAUCCCCUGCACUGAUCUUACCCAAAAGGAAUUACCUAUUUUGUACUACUUGCUUUGCCAGGCAAAGCAGUCUUCACCCUUGGCCAGUUGUCUGACAGCACAGCAGCUGGCCUUCAGGCUGCCUUUUUCUACUACUGCCUUGUUCUUGACACUCCAUUGAACUGAGCACAAGCCCUACUUCCUGUGCUGGAAGUAACGUGCCUUAGCCACACACCAAGUCUCCAAGCCCAAGUUGAUGGGCCUUGAAGAUGGCCUCAGAAGCGGUGAAAGUGAUUGUGCGUUGCCGCCCUUUGAAUGAACGUGAAAAGCAGCUGGGCUGCAAGGUGGUGGUCAACAUGGACAGCUCCUGUGGCCAGUGCUUUAUCCAGAACCCUAUGGCAUCAGAGGACCCACCCAAACAGUUCACCUUUGAUGGGGCAUAUAACAUCAGCCACAACACAGAGCAAAUCUAUAAUGAAAUUGCCUACCCCCUCAUAGAGGGUGUUACAGAAGGCUAUAAUGGUACCAUCUUUGCCUAUGGGCAGACGGGAAGUGGGAAGUCUUUUACCAUGCAAGGGAUUCAGGAUCCAUCUUCCCAGAAGGGCAUAAUUCCCAGAGCAUUUGAACACUUAUUUGAGAGUGUGCAGUGUGCUGAAAACUCCAAGUUCUUGGUAAGGGCUUCUUACCUGGAGAUCUAUAAUGAAGACAUCAGAGACCUCCUUGGUACAAACACCAAACAAAAACUGGAGCUGAAGGAGCAUCCCGAGAAAGGGGUCUACGUGAAAGGCCUGUCACUGCACACAGUGCACAGCAUCGCCCAGUGUGAGCGCAUCAUGGAGAUGGGCUGGAAAAACCGUGCCGUGGGCUACACCCUGAUGAACAAGGACUCCUCCCGUUCCCAUUCCAUCUUCACCAUCAACAUGGAGAUCUAUGUCGUAGAUGAGAGGGGGCAGGAUCACCUGAGGGCUGCAAAGCUCAACCUAGUGGACUUGGCUGGGAGUGAGAGGCAGUCCAAAACUGGAGCUGUUGGUGAACGCCUCAAAGAGGCCACCAAGAUCAACCUCUCUCUCUCAGCUCUGGGCAACGUCAUCUCAGCCCUGGCAGAUGGGAGGUGUAGGCAUGUGCCCUACCGAGACUCCAAGCUGACUCGGGUGCUGCAGGACUCGCUUGGAGGCAAUACCAAGACACUCAUGGUGGCGUGCUUGUCUCCUGCGGACAACAAUUACGACGAGACUCUCAGCACCUUGCGCUACGCCCACCGAGCCAAGAACAUACGGAACAAACCCCGCAUCAAUGAGGAUCCCAAGGAUGCUCUGCUGAGGGAAUACCAGGAGGAAAUCAAGAAGCUGAGAGCCAUUUUAGCUCAGCAGAUGAACAUAAACCAUUUGCAAGUGGAGUUGUCUCAUGCGCUGCCUCCCGAGGCUGCUCAGCCUGAGGUGAAGCCAGAGCCCUCUCUUGAAUCCCUGGCAGAUAUUGAGAAAGAGAAGCAGCUGAUUCGAGAAGAGUAUGAGGAGAGGCUGGCACGGCUGAAGGCUGACUACGAAGCUGAACAAGAAUCUCGUGUCCGGCUUGAGGAGGAUAUCAGCGCCUUAAGGAAUGCUUAUGACAUGAAGUUCCAUACUUUAGAUGAGAACCUCCAAAAGGAAGCAGAAACCACCCAGACAGUUGAAGCUAUUGCUGACCAAGCUUCUUUGCCUCCAGGCCUUCCUGAAGAAACUGAAGUGUCAGCCAAGGUACCCAGGAAGGAGUCCAACACAACUGAGCCUUCUGUUCCUUCUGUGGCCCAGAAUACGGAGAAAGCUGUCAGACCGGGGACACCUGGGACUGAUGUGGCUGAGGAACUCCCAGUGGCAGUGAACCAGCAGCAAGUGCUUGCCAGAUUGCAGAUGCUGGAGCAGCAGGUGGUAGGAGGUGAACAGGCCAAGAACAAAGAUCUGAAGGAAAAGCAUAAACGGCGAAAGAAAAUUGCGGACGAGCGGAAGAAGCAGCUGCUGGCAGCUUUGCAGAAAUCGGAUGAGGACAGCAGCGACUGGGUCCUGCUCAACGUCUAUGAUUCCAUCCAGGAAGAAGUGCGAGCCAAAAGCAAAUUGUUGGAAAAGAUGAAGGAAAAGCUGAGGGUUGCUGAGACUGAAAUCAAAGACCUUCAGUCUGAAUUUGAAAUGGAGAAGAUUGAUUAUUUGGCCACCAUCCGCCGCCAAGAGCGGGAGCUCCUCCUUUAUCAGCAGCUACUGGACCAGGUGCAACCCCUCAUACGGCGGGACUGUAAUUACAGCAACUUUGAUAAAAUCAAACGGGAGUCCACGUGGGAUGAAGAAUCAGGCUGUUGGAAAAUCCCAGAGCCUGUCACUCAAAAGACCAGCCUCCCUGCAGCAGUUUCAUCAUUGUCACAGACCAAAGCAGGCAGAAAGAGCUCAUCAUCGGAGAAUGGCGAUGCAGCAACAAUGCAGGAAGAAGAUCGCUAUAAAGUGAUGCUGAGCAAGAGUGAUAGUGAGAAUAUUGCCAGUAACUAUUUUCGCUCAAAACGAGCAAGCCAGAUUCUCAGUGCUGACCCCAUGAAGAGUCUAGCUUCCCAUAAUUCUCCCCCUUUGCUGAACAACAAUACCUCCAUCCUGACACCUAUUCCCCCUGCCCAAACGGUGGAGAUGCCCCAGCCACGUCCCUUUCGCCUCGAAUCUCUGGAUUUCUCCUCUCCUUCAGCCAAGACAAAGCGCAAGAAAAGCCGGAACAACCUGAGCAGCGGCGACCCUCUCUGACUGUUGUGGUUUUUGGUCUGCUUGCAGUUCUCUUUGGCCAUGCUAGUCAAUAUCUGGACACCCUUCCUUGACCCCCAUUUUGGGGACCAUAGCUGCUUUUCAAAGGGAUCCAUGGCUUUUCUUUCCCUUUUGGGGAGAGUGAAAGCAAUUAAAUGCUGCUUCCCACAGACUAUAGUGUGGUCAGCCCUCCAUGUUCAAGGUGGGGCUGGUACCUCUCUCACACUUGCCUAUUCCUUUGCCAUUUUGUAGUGACCUUGCCUUUCAGUCUGCUGUCCCCUCCCAAUCAUUGAAAUGCACGGCAGCAGGAAGGGAACUCAAACCCAGGACAGAUGGAUUAAGAACUCUUGGUGGUGGACCUUAAGAUUCUCCAAGUCUUGCCUUUUGUCUCUCUAAUUUGUUGUAGGAAAGGACGCUACUAGUGGGCAGAAUCUGGCAGAAAAUCCAAAGCCUACAUAAUAGCCUGCAGCAUCAGUGCCCUGCCUGCUUAGCUCAGUUUAGAUCCUGACUCUGCUCUGCUCUCAUUUUGGAUUUUGAGGGAUUCUGAAGCAGACAGACAAGAGGAGAUGGGAGAUCCAUUCUACACUCAAGAGCAGAAUAGUGGCUGAAGGGGUUUGAAUUUUGAAUAGUUGAGAAGAAUAGUGCUCAAAGCAGAACCUGCGCAGUUUAAAUUUAUGCUGUGCAUUAAGAGCCAGCUGGGUGGGGCUGCCUACCUGUCAAGCAGUGUUAAAGGGGGAGCUGAGAGUGCUGAGUAAGGCUGGGAAGCUCCACUGUCAAUAUAGGCAGGGGGUCAGAGAAAUGGUGGGUAUGUCUGCCCAGCUCACGAUGCCUGGGCUUCCCCAGAAGCUGGACUCCCCCGGCAAAUUCUCCCCUGCUCUUCACUCAGCAACCCAGCAUUUCAUUGCCAUUCAGCUGCAUUCACAUAUAGCGUGUUGGAGGGGAGAAGGGAGCUUACAGCACUUGUGAUGGUGGGGGGGGGGCAGAUAGACAGAGACUACCGGUACAUAGUCAUCCUUUCCCAGAUCAUUCCUCUUCUGCCCAGAAGGCACAGUAUGGUUUUUCUACACCCCAUUGUUGUUGGGGACAUCAUUAAAUUAAUUAAUGUCACCUUCCAAAGCUCUUCAGUUUUACAUUUUUAGAUAGAGCAAUUUCUUGUCACUUCUGCAACCUGAGAUCACCUCAGUCCAGCAUGCCCUUCCCUCCUCCUUCACCAUAGCAAGAGAAUACACUCUUACAACAGUUUUACUGCCACGUCUUAGCCACUGCUUUCUUCAAGCCCAUUUCAAGAUGGAUGCCUCACAACAGAACGUGGGCUUUUGAUACUGCACAAUAAUUCACCAGCUUUGUGCACUAGAUGAGAACAGUUGAAAACGGGAGUGGGAGUAAGAGUAGCACAUUCAUGUGGGAGUCAGGUGUUAAUUGAAGGUACUGCUCUCUGUCCAUGUGUUAGUUGAUUUCUUUGUUUUCACCUUUUAUGUGAGCACAAUAAACUGCCUGUUAAUGAAACUUUAGCUUGGUUGCUCUAUAGCCCGUGUUGUCCUCCACUAUUCAUUCUCGAUUUAAUUGUAGCCCUGGAAGGAAAUGUGCCGGAAACAGAGCAGGGAAGAAGAGAAUCUCUGCUAAGAAUCUCUGCAACCUUGGACCCCAAACGCUGGGGGUUCUGAAUGACUUCCUGCCUUCUCCCUCCCAGUCCCCAAACCUAUCUGGGAUUAGCACGCAAUAUCUGCACUUCCCUCAUACCAAGAGAUUCCUGGCAGCGGGCCAAGGCGGGGGACAGGGGACGGAGUGGAGCAGAUAUUCUGCUGGUCUGUGCCUCAGCCAAAUCAAGGAGCUUCAAGUACAAUGGGGAGGCUGUUGCAUACCAGUUCCAAACUUCUGCAUGCCAAGAGCUGCUGGGCUGUGACCCUGGUCUUCAUAGGGCCAAAUGUUGAUGCCUGAAGGGCCAUAUUUGCUCCCUCCAAAUAGGGUGAUGUCUCCAACCUUUGUUUAAGAGAAUACCUUUAUAACAGGUGCUGGAAGACGGGGCUAAGAAUGGCCAGGAUGCAGCUUGUCUGGCCAAAUAAGUAGUGUUGAGUUAUUGAGUCUUCAUCCUGAUUUGUUUGCAGGUUGGUUAGGUGGCCUUGUGUCAAGCACACGUUAAACACACACUUUCCAGGGCUCACUCUUGUCACUUCCCUUAUCACAAAAUGUCCAGUCUUUCGGGGGGAAUUUGUGCUGGAGCUGCAAAUUUGCUUUAGUUGUGCAACCUGAAUUUGCUGGCAUGUGAUUAAUUCCUAUGCAGAAAAAGCAACAGUCUGAGAGCACCCCUAGUUUCUCUUUAAUAAGAUACAAUUUUUCCUUCUUAAAUCCUAGAUGUGACAUAGAAUUAGGCGUGAACAAUAAAAUAGGUGAGAGGUUAAAUUUAGGCAGUGACCAAAAUUAGUCGACUCUACAGCAGUAAACUGUUGA